UGGCUGGUGUGCCUGGCUGGCUGAGGGAGCUACAAGCCCUUGGACAGAGUAAUGCUGGCAGAAGGUGGGGGGAACGUGAAGGAGCUCUGGGCUGGCUGCUGGGAUUCCACCAGGACAAGGCCCUGAGGUAAGGGUGAAGAAUGUACUGGAGCCAUGGGGAAGUGGCCCAGGGAAUUAGAGCAGCAGUGUGGCUUAGAUAAAGGGACAUAGCACAGCUGCUAUCCAUAGGGUCCCCGCGCUGGGACCACCCUCCACCACUGGGAAACUGGCCUGGACCUUGAUACACCCCAGAAGGGCAACUGAACUGCAACAGCCCAGCUGGAGAGCUGUGGCCAGAAAGGACCUGAGAGGGCAAAGACAUUGCCUCCACGGAAGGAGCCCUGGGGCACCUCUCUACACCAGAGCAGGGACAACUUGAGAGAGAUGUUACCGAGGGCACUGAGAGAGGCCCCUGUUGGACUUGUACCCCAGAAAGGAUUUGCUGUGCUUUUGCUCACAGACAGAUUGUGUGUGUGUGUGACUUGGCUGGAGGGAUGAGUCAGCAAAGACCCACUACAGAGAGAGAGAGAGUGUGUGCAGGCACAUGCACCUGACAAACGGGUGCUCAUGAGAGGACGAACCCAAGGGUCAAACUUUGAGCCUGAAUCCAGACCCAAAGGUCAGAUACCAUUCAGUACCCAGGCUUUGGUUCAGCCUGUUAUAGAGACAGACAUUCGGAUCCAGAUCCAAACCUCCGCAGUGUUUGAUCUGAGUACAGCCACAUGUCCUCUACAAGCAGUGAACUUUCUGUGGAAGACAAUCAGGACCCUUUCCUCGUUAGUAUACAUAUCAUCGCAGACCCUGGUGACUCCAAAGUUCUCCAGCAAGCCAUUGAUAAACUGUUAGCAUGGAUCCAUCCAGACCUCCAGUUGUUCCGAGUCUCAGAAAGACGGGUCUCAAAGAAGCACAGGAAGUCUGGUAAGGCUGCUGUUUCUCAGCCAGCCCUUGCAGUCAUUCUGUUUCUGCAGGAGGAAUAUGGAGAAGAACCAAUCUUACAGCUCCAUGAAACCUUUCAGAGACCACCUUGGCAUUACCACCAUACAGAACGAGUGCAUGGCAAGUUCCUCCCUUACAUGCCAUGCAGUCAGGACUUCUUCACUUUGGCCCAUGGGACCCCUUUGUGGGCCAUCCGACCAGUGCAUUAUGGGAGAGAAAUUAUCCGCUUUGCCAUAUACUGCAGGAAUGAAAACUUUAUUGACAUUAUGAAACUGUACCAGUUAAUCCUGAAAAGACCGGUGUGUCAGAAAAAGACGGACUUUUGUGUCUUUCCUGUCUAUUCUAACAUGGAUAUAGACAUUCAGUUCUCUUUAAAAAGACUCCCUAAGGGCCAGAUUCCAACCCCUACAGAGUCAGCGGUGCUGGAAUUCCGAGUAGAUGUUGGACAGCUUAUUCCUCUCUUGCCCAAUCCUUGUAGCCCAAUCAGUGAAGGCAGGUGGCAAACAGAAGACCAUGAUGGGAAUAAGAUCCUUUUGCAGGUGGAAAUUUCCUUUCUUCUGUCAACAUGCAAAACGUUAACUAGCAGCCCUGGAUUCUUCUCAUCAGAUCAGACACGUAUUUGGUAUAGGAAGUCUGCUAAGCAGAACAAGCUUCAUUUCCCAUCUUCAAGGGAUUCCCGUUUCACUCCUUCACCAAGCUACAUUCCUCACAGUCACGGACCUACCCCCGAUCAAACUAGUGAGCAUCUGAACUCAGCUGGUCAAAUCAAGCUGCAUCGGGCAAAUGGCCUUGGUCAGUACCUUGGCAUCUCCCAGCAGGACUUAAGAAAUGGUGACCAAGGAGACUUCACCCGAAGAUCCAGUAGUGCCUCCAGCAUUUCAUGGUCAUUUCAGCGAAGCAAGUCUCUGUUCUGCUUGCCCACAAGCAGCUCCUCUCCGGCAUCUGACUCCUUUAACUUUAGUGAACCAUUCCACAAUUUAAAUACUGAGUCACCUGUGAACAGGUUAAAAACAUGGAGAUGCAGCCCCAAGCUUAAUAUUGAGGACUUGGAGGGUUCACAGGAGACUGAUGUCGACACAGGGAUGAAGCUGUCCUUCUCAGAUCUGUCCGUGGUCUCAGCCUACUCUACCUUUAAUGGAUUUUGCAGUGAUUUGGAAGCUACUCUUCCCUCACAAAGGCAAAGUGUCAGUAGAUCUAAACAGGCUGUCUCUAGGGGAAGGCCGUUGUCAGUCAUGUGCAGUACCCUUGAGCUCCCUAGUGGUUCACUUCCAUCUCUCUCCGAGUGGUCUUCCAGCUCGCUCUUGUCAUCUUCAGCAUCCCCCUUAGCAUCUCACUGCCAACUCAGACAGUCACCAAGAGCAACCCCUUGUUCUCUGAAUAACAGGAAAACACCUGGCAGCAUUCAUCCAGGCUCUCCAGCCAACGAGGAGGAAUUCUACAUCUGAGCUUUCUCCAUGCUGAACCUUUUAAUGUAAAUUUCUGCAUAUGUGAAUUACAGCAGUGCAUUUCCAUCAUCUGAGCCAUCUGGGCUGGCAAGUUCCUUGCUCCUUCCUGAGGGGAGGGUGUUACAUCACUGUGUGCUAAAUGUUGUAAAAGGUUCUCACACACCACUGUAAUGGGUGCCUCAUAAAUGUGUACUAUAAUAUCAGGUGAGACUGUGUCCACUGGAUUCAUGCAGAGGGGAUCCUUGAUGUGUAGAUCUGUCCAUAGCUGUGCAAGUAGGGGGGUUGUGCUCAGUGUCCUUCAGCUCUGGAGAAGGGGGUUUGGGAGACUGACCCUUAGCGUGUAGAGCAGGAAGUGCCCAGGGAUGCACAUGGUAACCCACCUUUCCCUGACAAGUAUCUGUAAAGAUGCUGAAAAGAAAAUACAACCUCAAGCUGCAUUAACUUUUCUGAGAAGCUCUCUCCAUGCUGACAAACCCUUCCCCACCUCCUUUAUGAGGUUCCAGCAGCAGCUAUGAAAAGGGCAGACCCUAGCAGCAUGACUCCAGUGGAGCCAGACAAGGAUGCUGAGGGCCCCAGAACUAGUGUAGAGACACAGGCCUCUAGCUGAUCUUUGAGAAUCUGCAGACUUGGAACAAACAGGACGUUUUCUCCCCAUGGGGAAGAAGGAACCCACACCACAUCCCCAGUCUGAUGGACUGGUUUUGGGAAAAUGCCAUGAGGGGAAUUUUGAGGAGCUUUUCUCCCCAUCUCCCCUCCUCCCCCCAAGUCAAAAGUGUUUUUCAUCAUAUGGGAAGGGAGCAGGGUGAUCCACUGUUAAAAAUGCACUGCAGCUCCCUAUUUUUAGGGGUUUGUUAUUUUGGUUGUAAAAAA